AAAAAUAAAAAAAAAUGAUAAGUAUUGCGCAGAAUGCGAGCGAUACAUACACGAAAUUCAAUGUCAUACAUGAUAACGGGAUAUCGGGGAUCGGCGAGUAUUAGGAGAGGAAACGUAUCAUCGCGAGGGUCGCGAGAUCUCGGACCGGCAAACCGGACGAUGGCCCAAGAUCCGGUUGCUAUCCGAGAAGUGUCGUGCAUCAGUGUGCUUUAUAGACUUUAUUACGAUUGAGGUAGUUAACGUAAGUGGUAACGUAAGUGUACUACAAUCACAAAGAAGAAGAAAAUAGAUAUAUCUAUACUCAGGAUUGAAAGAUGAUUAAAUUGGACGCGAGCAUUCAUCAGAGUUUGUCGGAGAUGGUGAUAGAGAAAUUGCAACGAAUAAAUGUGAUUACAGUCGUGGAUUUCGUCACAACAGAUCCGAUUAAACUGGCAACUUUCACUGGUCUUUCACAUACGGAUAUUUUGGAAGUGAAGAAGCAUGUAUUGAAGAAUUACAGUGGCACAAAGAGAAAUGCAGUUGAAGUUCUUGCAAUAGAACGUAGCUAUAUUCCGAUCAAUGUAAAGUGUUUGGAUGAAUUACUGAAAGGUGGCCUGUAUCCUGGACAGUUGUGUGAAUUAUGCGGACCAUCAUCUUCUGGAAAGACUCAAUUAUGUUUGACAAUAGCUGCUAAUAUUGCUGUUCAGUCAGACAUCAUUGUGUAUUACUUUGAUACAAAAAGAGAUUUCUCCAGAUCUCGAUAUGAAGAGAUUUUAAAGGCAAGAAACUUUAGGCAAGAGAUUAUAGAAAACGUUCUGCAACGUACAAAAGUCUGUCAUAUACGUUCAUCCUGUGACUUAAUACGAGUUUUGCGCGAAUUAGUAAUUUUCUAUAAAGCAAAGAAGAAUGUGUCAUUUGAAGAAAAAAGAUUUCUUGUGAUUAUCGAUUCUUUACCAGCAAUUAUUUUUAAGGUAACGCGACAAGCGAACCAGUAUGAUCUUGAGACGACAUACGAGCUCGAAGAUUUAGCCGAAGCAUGUCGAUUCCUUACGAGAGAAUGCCAUGCUAUUGUGAUCACGGUGAAUUCAGUUACUCGAUGGAAUUCCUCCGAUCAAAUAGAUCCUGCCGCCAUAACACCAGCAUUAGGAAGACACUGGAUAAGGGUACCAGCCACGAGAUUACUGAUAAUAAGACAGCAUAACGAAAUUCGAAGGAUUACUAUUUGGAAGGAUCUAAGAUCAGAUGAGAAAUCCGGUAUUGUGACAAUAAGCGAUGCCGGGAUUACGUCACAAUAAGUCUUUAAGGUCAGUCAAUAAAUAUUUUGAUUGAUUGUUAUCAAGUAUUAUGUAUAAAACUUUGUUAAUUAUAUUAUUAUGUUUA